ACUACUAUAAAUAUACCUUUAUUACCGAUGAAACUAUAUAUUAAAUAUUUGAUUAUUUUGACAAUACUGCAAGUGAUCGGAGUACUUUAUCACGUAACGAAAAGUCGUGGCGUUCAUUCAAGGUGGCGCAAACAUGGUCCAACUUUCGAACAAUGGAAACCAGAACACUCUGACAUAAAGCAAAAGAUACAGUCAAGCAAAUGGAUAAAAUACUUUCCCCGUGUUUUUGAUAUGGUAUCAAAGUUACAAACAAUAAAAACAUUUUCAUUAUUGGAAGAUACAACUUGUGCGAAUUUGUCAACAAUUACAUUAUUUAAUGAUAAGACAGAUUACCAAAUUGGCGAGACUCUAAAGGCUAUCAUUCAGGCUAGGAAUUAUAAUAACGGAACAAAAUGGUAUGGAGGCGAUUUUUUUCGUGCAACUUUAUAUCGUACUUUCGAACCAUUAGCGGGUGUUGCUUGUGAUAUAGUUGACAAACUGAAUGGAACCUACGUUAUUUUAUGUCCAUUGCCAUGGAUUGGGAAAGCCAGAUUAUCUGUGAAACUUAUACACCCAAGCGAAAGUUUGCUGGCGUUGAUGUUAAAUUCAUCAGGAUCGCGCGAACUUGGUGUAUCUUUGAAAGCAACUGUGAAUAAUUCCUUUACGAACAAGCAAGAACUAGUCGAGUGUGGUUUUGAUUUCAGCGACAAAUUAAGCUCAAAUCAAAUAUGUAAUCAUUCAAAUCCACGAAACGGCGAGCCAUGGUUUUGUGUUAAAACAACUUCACAUGAAUGCCCGCCAAUUGAAUGGAUGGAUCGCUAUUAUGAUGAAGAUGAAGACAAUCAAAUACAGGGAAAUAAACCCUUAUUUAAAAUCGGUAUAAAUCUACGGACGAGGGUUCGAGGACCCAAUAAAUGGAUAUAUAUUACGGAAAAGGCACAAAACAACGCGGGAAAGCCGAUUCCGAAAAUAACCAAAUCUCACAAUCUUUCUAAACGUUGCAACGUAGCGCGAACCGCCCCUUUUUCUAAAGAGCCAAUGAGUGCCACUGGCUGGCUUGACGAUGGACAAUGGAGGUCUUUCCUAUGCAAUAACACUUUAUUCAACGUAACAAAUCUCGAAGACUGUCUCCGAAAUCAUACUGUAUAUUUCAUUGGAGAUUCCACUGUACGACAUUGGUAUAAUUUUACGAUCACGGAGCUGAAGGGUACAGACCACGCUACGGACGGUCCGUCAAUUUGGGCUCAGGCUCGAAAUGGUGUGAUAAAGAGAUCCAAUAUCACUUUGCAUUAUAGAGCGCAUGGUCCCCCAUUGCAUAAUCCAAGAACAUUAAAAGUCAGGCCUUAUAUUACUGAUACAAUGGAUGAUAUUCCGGCUAAUUCAGAUAAAAUGAUUGUUCUAUUUUCAAUCGGUCUUCAUAUGGAUCUAUUUAAUCCAGAUAUAUAUUUACAUCGAAUCCGUGGGAUCAAGUUGGCCAUUGAAAGAUUACAAAGUAGAUCUCCAAAAGUGCGCGUAUUUGUUAAAGGUCAUCAUGUACAUUCCCAGUCCACGAGAAUAUGCCCGUCUGAUUGGCUAAGUUAUAGACAUGAUGUAUUAUUACGUCACAUAUUUGGGGAAUCUCACGGUGUAAACUAUUUGCCAUUUUGGGAUAUGACGUCAGUGUUUAAUAAUCGACCUUAUCAUCCCAAUAAAGAAUUACUUAGAAUCCAACUCGGUUUGUUUCAGUCGUUUUUAUGUGAUAAUUGAUUCACAUGACAACAAUACAUCUAUCAUAUAAAGACUUUAAAAUUGAGGCCUGUAUAUUCAAUGGUUUUGUAGCCUGGAAGUACAGGGAAAAAAUAAUGCCACAAUUCUGCUGCAUAUUCAGUUUAGUGUAAUUUAUAUUUCAGAUAAAAGUAUAAACGUCUUGAAACAAAACAGUUUCUUGGGGAAAACACUUACUUAAUUGGGCACAGAUAGACAAUAAGAGAGAAGAGUUCAUUUUUACUGGUCUUCUAUAGCUUCUUCAUUAAAUUGCAAGCAAUGAAUCUA